AUGUCACAGUAUUCGCCGUCCUUCGGCAAGUCACCGCUGCCAUCGCCACCAGCACCAAUUGCUGAGUCCGAAUUAGACAUCUCGGAAUACAGUCCUGAAAAUUUGAGAGCACAGCCAUUAGAAGAAGAAGUCCUCAAAGUUCUCGAAAGCACACGGAAUGGUCACGAUGUUCAUCGAGCUGAGCCGUGCAAAGCAUCGCCAAGCAUCCCUAUACGCCCACUUCCUGUGCCCUUCGAGCCAUCCACCCAUGAAAGAAAGUGCUCAAGAUGCAAUAUUUCUCUCGGAGUACUGCUUACAGUGUUCCUCAUACUGAGUGUAGCAUUGUUUAUUGUAUGGGCCGUCACAAGCAAUGGAUUCUCCAGUCUAGGCGGUGCUGCGGUUUGCACCUCUAGAGACUGUAUCGAUACUGCUUUCCGUUUCACAAACUCUAUCGACGGUGCUCUGAAUCCUUGCGAUAAUUUUUACCGACAUUCUUGUGGCAAAUUUCACCGACAAGAUCUAGAAAAACAGAAGAAUUUUGUGGAAAUACAGACAGAUGCUACUCGACAUGCCCUGUAUGGGCUUUUGUCAACCACUGACGCAAACGAUACCAGCAAGACAGCUAGGAUGGCUCGAAAUUUGUUCUUAUCUUGCACGAAUACUACUCAAAGGUCAAGUGCCGGCUACACACCUCUUCUGGAUACACUGAAGAAUUUACCGUGUGGCCCAAUAUUGGCGGGAUGUAAUUUUAAUAGCACAUUGUAUAUAUGGGAACGCCACAGUGGUGUGUUGGGCUGGUAUGCUGGAAAGUUCAACUUGAUCGUUUUUGGAACAAAUGUCCAUCCACAAGAUCGAACUCAGAUCACAUUACAAUUUCGUCCACCUGAACUCUCCGGAAUUAUCAAUCCUAUUCGUGAAAAGCUUAUACGUCUUGCGAAUCCAGGACCAACAGAGAUUGACACCCUUCUACAAGUGCAACUGAGACAGAAUCUCGCCAGAAGCCCUCUUUUUAUAUUAAUGGAGCCCGACGACAAGAAACGACAGACUAUGCUUGACGAAGUAGCGCAACUCAUGGUUGAAGUCAAUAAGAUUGCCACUGUGACAUCAUCAAAUAUCACCGACAUGACAUUUGAGGAGCUUGUGAAGAGAGUAUUAAAGUCUGUCGUCAAUCUUGUCGAUUCUCAAGAGAUCCUGUCACCUCGUCUGGCCAUUCUUCGCCUCCGCCCUCUGCGCCAAAAACCCAUCAGUAUCAUCAACUGCUACUCACCAAUAUCAGCAGCUGAUGAACCCGAAUUAGACGCAUUUUACGAGGAGCUGGAGGAGGUAAUCCGCAACGAGAAGUCCUUCUACAAAUUCGUUGUCGGAGACUUCAACGCAAAACUAGGAAAGACCACAGAAGAGGAAUACAGGAUUGGAAGAAGACCAGGGGACCUGAAUGAAAAUGGCAAAUGUCUCGCCAGGCUAUUGUCCGCCGCUCUCCUCUUUCAUGGGAACUCUCUUUUCAUGAAAAAGAUCAUCGUCGGUGGACAUGAGAAUCGCCCAAUGACUCGUGCGGAGAUCGACCACAUACUCACCAACCGGAGGUGGUGUCUAUUCGACGUCUCAGCAGUAUCAUCCUUUUGUAGUGGUUCUGAUCACCGUCUCCUUCCUGCGAAAAUACGGUCUAGCCACACGAUGGAAAAGAACAUCUGUUAUCGGCAACGAAGGAGAAAAGAAGUCGAGGAUUGCGUACUAGAGGACUCCUUGUCCCAAGGUGACUGGCACAUCGAGGAGGACCCACACGUGGACUAUGAGAUGCUGUUCAGGGGAUUACGAGUCUGUGCUGAGCGUGCCUCGAAACCACGCACGACAAACUUGGAUCGAAUUCCGAAGAACACCAAGGAAUUGUUGGAAAGAAGAAGGGUUUUGAGGCUUGAUCCGAAUGCAUCGCACCUUGAGCGGUUAGUAGCAAACACUAGCUGCAGAAAAGCGUUGCAGGAGGACCUUUUGAAUUACAAGCAAAAGAUUCUGGAAGCAGCACAAAGAAAAAUGAGUCUAAAGAUAUGCUGCCGGGAUCUCCGGGAAUAUAAUAUUCCGCUUGCAGCCUUGCUGACCGAAGACGGAACUCGCGCGCCUUCUCAUUGUGAGAUGGAAAUCAUCACGGAGAGGUUCUACUCGAACCAUUUCCGUUCAUCAACACCUGUGUCAAGCUCGAUCAUUCCCACUGGUGAAGCUCCACCACCAAUUCUCCCGUAG